AUGGCAACUCAUACCCCCCAUCAGACUCCGAUCAAAAAUUCUCGGUCAUCAAAUAAAAAAUUACCUAUGAUUGUUGAUAUUGCAAUUGAUAAUAAUGGUAAGCAGUUGUAUCAAGUCCACGAAUCUUCAAAGCUAGUGAGAAAGGAGAUGCCCAAAUCAACUAAUUUUAAUAAUAAUAAUUAUGAUUCUUUAACAAAUACUCAAAAUAUUGCUGCCAGUGCUGCCAGUGCUUCUGCUUCUGCUUCUAAUCCUCUUUCCAAUUCAGUUGCUGCUCCCACUGGUGUAAAUAACACUUUAUUAGAUAAUGACGAAGAAAGAACUCCAAUCAGAAGAAUCUUGGGUACUAUAAGUCCUUCCACUCUUAAUCAAAAAAAAUCAAACCUUUCAUCAGAUUCAGAUCAAGAAGAUUUUGUAGAUCAACAAGAUUCUAAUCGUUCCAAAAACUUAUAUGAAAAUGAGUAUAAUCAAUAUACUUUUAUGGGUGUGAAUGUUAAUUCUAAUUUAAUUGCUGGUCCAAGUAAUAGUUUUGAUACUUCUGCUACUAAUAGUUCAAAUAAUAAUUUAUCUCAACAAGAUACUGAUAUUUGGUCAGAAGAUGUUGAAAAUGCAUUUGAAGAAGUUUUAAGUAUUAUACCAAAAAAUGGUUUAAAUAAAAUUAAAAUAAGUGGUCGCUCAUGUGGUAGAAAUGAAUUAAUAUCUGAUUAUAUCUUAACCAAAACAGGCAAAUUUAGGAGUCGUAAACAAGUUUCAAGUCAUAUACAAGUCAUAAAAAAUUUAGGUCAAAAAUUAGAUAUUAUAAAAUUAAUUAAUGAUGGUCCAAUUUUCAACUCUAAAGAAGAACAGGAAAUGAGUACUAAAAAAUUUGAAGAAAUUUUUUCAAAAAUUAAUUUAAAUAAAAGUCUAGGGUUGAAUGAUUCGAUUAAUAAUAUAUCUAAUAAUUCAACUGGUUUGAAAAGAAGAUUAAAUCCAUCAUCUAAUAUCAAAAGAUUCAAAUUUAAUAAGGUUAAUAUUAAAUUAGAAAAUUUUUUUAUAUCGAUUCAAGAUUCAAACAAUGCUAAUCCAAUAAUUUUAACUCUACAAAAAAAUGAAGAACCUAAUUUCUUAAAGUUAAAAGAAAACGCUAUUAUUUCAAAUAGAUUUCCUGGUUUAAAUGAUUUUCAAAAUACUUCAAUUCCAAUAAUUCAUAAUAUGGUCAAUCUAAAUUUGCCAAACCAAUUACCAUUAAAUUAUUCAAUUGAUAAUGGUUUGAAGACAAAUCUUUACAUUAAUCUAAAUGAGUAUAUAAACUUAAAUGAAUCUAUAUCAAUUUUUACUGGAAUUUAUUCUUUUGGUAAUGAAGUUUUGAAAAUUAAUGAUGAUGAUUUUAAACUAAAUGAAAAUAAACCAUUUUUAAUAAAAUUUUGGAAAUUUUUCUUCAAUCAGUUAUUAUCAAAACCAAAUUCUAUGAAUACUGCUUUGAAAAGUGUCACUAUCAAACAAAUUAUUUACGAAAAUACAAAAGAUUUUAAUAAUAAUACUAACAAUAAGACAUAUGCGGUUUCUAAACUGAAAAUUAAAGCUGUUUUAUUGUGGGAAUUUGCUAAAGUCGAAGAUAUCAAACAUGCCAUAACUACGACUACUAAGUUAGUAUUACCCGAUAAAAUUUCUAAUGAACCAACAAAUUUUCAACCAUAUAAUCAAACCAAUAGCUUUGAACAGCAGAAUAGUUUAUUAGAAAGUUCAUUAUUAUCUGAAAAUGCUAUUCUUCCACAAUCAGUUACCUAUCAACCCACCUCGAAUAAUUUAGUGCCUAAUGGUAACUUUUCUGCAUCUACAGCAAAUUCAAUGGUGACACCGUCUAAUAAUUUGAAUUCAGCUUCUACAUUAGCAACAUCAAACACGAUUGCUACUCCAAUUCUAGAGAAUGCUAUUAUAUCUUCAUCCAAUGCAGUACCUCAAGUAAAUGUUCAAAGAAAAUUUCAAUCGUUACAACAACAACAACAUCAUCAACCAGGAGAAUUUGAAUUUGAACAUGAUCAAAACUAUUCUCAGCCAGUCACAACUACAAGUGCUCCGUUGGUGGUUCCAUCUGCCCCAACAAAUGCUGGUCAACAACCAGCAGCCCCACCUUAUCAACCGGUUCCAAUUAUGCCGCCAACUCAACAACAAUUUCCAUAUCAAACUCAACAAUUCCCUCAGGUACCAUUGCCUCCAAAUCAUCAACCAAUGAAUAUGGAUUUAAUGAUGAUCCAACCAAAUGAUCAGUCCCAGGAUUAUCAGUUCGGCGGGCUAUUAUACCCUGAACCACCUUCAUUUAUUGGCGAUCAAUUCUAA